AUGGCACGGAAUAGGAACUCUGUGAAUCCUGUACGGGCCGCUACGAUGCGUAAAUGGUAUGCCCGGGUCUGGUGGAUUGGUGUCCAUGCAUAUGGCUACGUUGUGCUGGGUGUUAAGGGUGCAUUGAGUCCAAAGGCGUUGCCUAUCACUCAAUUUGUGCUGUACUUGGUCAUAGCAGUAGCGACAAUCGGGUGCUACAUCGUAUUACAAUGUCUAUCACCUGGACAACUGGAAAAGCGGCCACUACUUGCACCUGUGGAAGCUACAACGCCGACUAGUCUUGGUAUUCCGUGUCAAGCGUCAGUGGAAGAUGCUGACGACACGGAAUUGCUAGCCGAUGGAACGGAAAAUGAACAUUUGAGGAACAGUGCUGACUUACAUUUCUGCAAUGAAUGUCACAUCUUUCAGCCACUUAGGACAAAGCACUGCAAGGAUUGUGCUCGAUGCACACGGCAGUAUGAUCACCAUUGUGAUUGCGUGGGAACGUGUGUAGGCGAGAACAAUCGUCGGUUGUUUGUCUUGUAUUUGUUUUUGCAAAUUCUGGAGGGUGCAGUGAUGAUUCAAGUUACGUCGUCAGCUUUUGCAGAAGGAGAUGAUAUUAACGACUGGUUCAAGAUCAAUGCGCUGUAUAUUGUGCUAUGGUUCAUGCUCAUGUGCAUGCUGCUCAUCGUCUUCCCGCUGUUUUGCUACCAAGCGUAUCUCGUGUCAACAAACCAAACCUCCUGGGAACAUGCUCGACGUUCCUCCAUCACCUAUUUACAGAAUCUACCAGACAAACACUCUCCAUUUGACCGAGGCAUUCUUCAAAACUGGUGGGUUUUUAUUUCCAAUGGUGAUGGCAAUAAAUGGGUUCAUCAAAGUGUAGCCAAACCAAUGACGUCGCACCGUGACGAAGACGCGUCUACACUUGUAUAG